AUGAGUGCAAUGGACAGGAUCCCUCGAGAACCCCUCAGUGCAGCUGCACCGCCCCAGAUGCCCAUGAACUCAGUGGGCGUCACCGCGGCGGCUGCAGCUGCAGCGGCUGGCCGAAGCACACCCACAGCAAAGGUUAAGGUCAGCCCAGUGCGGAUCUCCGGACUCAGGGGCUGA